GAGAAGUUUCAGGCAAUCCGAAAAUCUUUGGAAGACAAACAUGAUCUCACAAGCACAGAAAUCAAGAACAUGCUGGAUGAGUUAGCAGACAUCUCCCAAGAUGACAUUGUGACCAAGUUGGAACGUGCCUUGGAAGCGCGGCGACGCUUGGCAGAGGAUGCUGAAGCCUUCAUGGAAUAUUUAUUCCCGUUCCAUUUGACCAAACAAGAGGAGAAGAGAGCGUUGGUUCUGCAUUUUCUGAUUUCAAAUGACUACGACUUCGUGAAGGAUAUAGAAGAAGCAGAUCGGAACGAGCUGAAACAGAAGCUGCUUUUGAAAGGUGGUGCAACCCAAAGGUUUUGGAACUACUUCCAGCAAACUUCGGCCCCAGCGCAUGCGGCUGAAGUCAAGCAG